AUGGGUGCACCCAAAUACCAAAACGUGCCUCAGCGCGAUUCGCUCGACGAGGCGGCACCUGCGCCGUCCUAUUCGCAGGCGCCACCCAGCUACCAGGCGGCCAACGACCCCCAAGAAGCCCUCCUCAGCGGCGUUCCCCGCGGCGAAAACGACAACCUGCCCGAUGACUUCAAGUUUGGCGGCGUUGUGGCAGAGGCGACAUUGGACAUCCGGAUGGCCUUCAUCCGCAAGGUCUACGCCAUCUUGACCGUCCAACUCCUCGCGACCGCCGCCGUCAGCGCCCUCUCGAUGAUGUCGGAAUCGUACAAGAACUUCAUCCAACAAACGCCCGCGCUCAUGUGGGUGUCGCUGAUCGGCUCCUUCGUCUUCCUCGGCCUCACCUUCUGGAAGCGCAAGUCGUACCCGACCAACCUCCUCUUCCUCGCCGGCUUCACUGCCAUGGAAGCAUACUCCAUCUCCGUCAUCGUCUCCUUCACCGACUCCAGGAUUGUGCUGCAGGCGCUUUUCUUCACACUGGGCAUAUUCAUUGCGCUGAGCCUGUUCGCCUGCCAGAGCAAGUACGACUUCACGCACUGGGCACCGUACCUGUUUGGCGCGCUGUGGGUCGUGGUCUUGUUCGGCUUCAUGUCCAUGUUCUUCCCCCACAGCAGCUCGGUUGAGCUUGGAUACGGCGUUGUUUGCGCGCUCAUCUUCUCUGGCUACAUCCUGGUGGACACACAGAUGAUUAUGCGCCACUACCACGUUGAGGAGGAGAUUGCGGCGUCCAUUUCCCUCUACCUCGACAUCAUCAACCUGUUCCUCGCCAUCCUGAGGAUCCUCAACUCGCAGAACAACAACUAG